AUGGAUGAAGGGUUCGACGAUGAAGCUCAGCCUGAGGCUGCUCCAGUGCCUGUUGCGUUGCCACCAUUCACUGUCGAGAUCACAAAAGGAAAUGAACGGCUAUGUUUCCAUUUGGAACUGGUUGAAAGUGUUGACGUCCAGGGCGAAUAUGAUUUUCGAGUAGAGGAGUUUUACGUGGCGCCAGCGGUCAAGGACGGUAACGAAGAUGUAGCUGCAGAGGUCUAUGCUAGCAGUGGAAAAUACAUCGACCCUGAUUUGCAUGAUCUGCUAUUCGUUCGCUAUCUGGAGGAACGUGGUUUCGACGCGCAGUUCUGCAAAACACUGGUCGCCUACGCUACACAUUACGAGCACUCUCAAUAUGUAGGUCUGCUUAACAAGAUCAAAGCAUUCGUGUCGAAGUAA